AUGGAUUCACAAAAGACAUUAGGACCCUUUUGGGCUGAAAAAUACAAACGAGAAUCGAAAAAAUCAUGGGAUAAAUUUUACAAACGAAAUGAAACUCGAUUCUUUCGGGAUCGACAUUGGCUGGAUCGCGAAUUUGAUAAAUAUUUUGGAUUACCAGACAAAAGUCCAUUAACACUAUUAGAAGUAGGCUGUGGUGUCGGAAAUCUGGUUUAUCCAUUGCUAGAGGUGCAGCCGAAUUUAAGGGUUUUAUGUUGUGAUUUCAGUCCCCGUGCCAUCGAAUUUGUAAAAAAACAUGAGAAUUUUGAUAAAUCUAAGGUUGUUCCUUUUGUGUGCGAUAUAACAGAAGAUCGCUUGGACCAAUGGGUUCCAGCUAGCGGCAUAGAUACUGUUACUGCCAUUUUCGUGCUUUCAGCACUUCCUCGUGAAAAGCAACAGGAUGCUAUUCGUAAUUUGUCAUCGGUGUUGAAGGUAAAGGGGCAUUUAGUGUUUCGAGAUUACUGUGAUGGUGAUUUUGCUCAGAAGAAGUUCCAGCAAAGCUCUGAUCCUUCUCUCAUAGAUGAACGAACUUUUGUACGUCAGGAUGGGACAAUCUCAUAUUUUUUUAUUGAAGAAGAAUUAAAUUAUUGGAUGGAGAAUAGUGGUCUUCGUUUAAUUUCGCUGGAUCGAGUUAAUCGUAAAGUCGACAAUCGGAAAAGAAAUCUCAGUAUGGAUCGAACAUUUCUCCAAGGGGUUUGGGAAAAAUGUGUAUAA